AGAGAGCUGUUUACAUUGUGAACCAGAGCUCAGAUGUAUCCAGCUACACCACCGGGACAACAACUGUCUCGCUUUAUAGCCACUUUGUGUCCGCUGAACCGCUUCUAACUGACGGCCAUGCUUCAGACGCGCAGGUGAACUUCUUUCGCUACAACGCUCUUCGACCACAACUCCACAAGAAAAAAAAAAAAAAAAAGCGUUUCAAGACUAAAACAACCCUCAAUAUUUUUUAAACUCACCUGCUUUUCCUAAUUCUUCGACCUUAAUUGCUCGGAGCUUAACAGGUUAUAACAGUCACCAUGUCCAGGAAGAAGGCAGUGAAAGGCAAAGGGAGCGCCAAGAGCCCCAAGGCGUCGCCGAGAAGCGGGAGGACGGGGAAAGGUCUGGCCGCCGCUGGCGCUCCGUCCUCCGGACUGGUUUACCCCAGCAGACCGUCCAUCAGCAACAGCGGGGAGUUUUACGACUUCGCCUUCAAGGUGAUGCUGGUCGGGGAUUCAGGGGUCGGAAAGACCUGUCUGCUGGUUCGCUUCAAAGAUGGAGCCUUUCUUGCCGGGAGCUUCAUUUCCACUGUGGGCAUCGACUUCAGGAAUAAAGUAAUGAGCAUUGAUGCUAUGAAGGUGAAACUGCAGAUUUGGGACACUGCUGGACAGGAGCGUUUCCGGAGCGUCACACAUGCUUACUACCGCGAUGCUAACGCUCUCCUCCUUCUCUAUGAUGUCACCAACAAAGCGUCCUUCGACAACAUCCGGGCAUGGCUGACAGAGAUCCAUGAGUACGCUCAGCAGGAUGUGGUCGUCAUGCUGCUGGGCAACAAGGUUGACUCGACACAUGACAGGAUGGUGAAGCGAGAGGAGGGAGAGAAGCUGGCAAAGGAGUUUGGAGUGCCCUUCAUGGAGACUAGUGCUAAAUCUGGACUGAAUGUGGAGCUGGCCUUCACUGCAGUGGCCAAAGAACUGAAGCACAGGACCAUGAAGGAGCCCGAUGAGCCUAAGUUUCAGCUGCAGCAGUACGUCGACAAAGAAAUGAGGACUGUCGGCUGCUGCCGCACGUAGACCACAUCCUGUAUGCGUGUGAGAGAGAGAGAGAGAACAGGUACAUUGUAUUAGAGUAGUAAUUAACCGGGUGUGUCUGGGAAUUAUGACGUUUGUUAUUGUUUGUAUCAACAAAUUUACGCAUUGGGAGUGAGAACAGGUUGGUAUCAAAGGUAUGGCCAAUUUGCUUUCUCUCUCUCUCUCUCUCUCUCUCUCCUCUCUCUCUCUCUCUCUCUCUCUCUACUGACCCACCUAUCCUCUGCAACUGUGAAUGUAAUAUAUAUAACUCCUAUCUACAUGCUACAUGCUUGCACACACAAAUCCAUGUACACACACACAUACCUUUGUAACUUUACUUCACGGCCUUUACUUUUUUCCCAUCAGCGUGAUGUACAUUUUUUAAAUGUCCUUUUAAUUUUGUGCCCUGGAGCUUUGUAGUUUGAAAAUACCUGUCUUGUUGAGACAAGAAGAACAUAGACACAAAUAUGUUGAAUGUUAAAUCGAUCUGGUUAAAGUAAUAGAAGUGAUUAGAUCUUAUCAACACGUUUGUCCAGAAACUAUUGCACCUAAUGUAAGCUGCCAAAUGGCACUGUGUGCUGUUUAUGAACAGGAUAUCAUAUGAUAACUGUUUUUUAAUACUUGUGAUCAUGACUAUCAUUAUACUGAUCUGUGAAAUUUUAAUUUGAGCUCUUUACCUUUUUUAUACAUAGAUUGUUUAGUUUAGGUUUAAAGCUGUUAUGCGAAGCAUUUUAAACCUACCAUAGUAAUGAGUAGACCUUAUUAAAUGUAAAAA